AUGGCUCCCGGUGCCCUAACCCGCCUCCUCCGCCUUGCGCCCACCCCUCGCCUCGCGCGCCCCUUCGCCGCAAAGGCCUGCGCGUCUCAUCGGACGCAGGAACCGGAGCUUCCGUCGGAGGACGAGACCGAGUUCGCCGGCGGCGAGGUUGCCGCCCCCACCGAGGGCAUCGGCAAGCCGCUAGCCGAGGUGCUCAAGGAGCUCGGGAAGAGGGCAAACAAAUAUCCUAAUGAUGACGAGAAGUUUACCUGGAGCAUGUAUGUUGAGAAUUUUGUUCACAAUGUGCCUGCAAGAGAGUGGUCGGGUGAGGUCCGCAGCAUUGUUUACUCAUCUGAUGGGAAAUCAGUAUCCGUUGUCUAUCGAGUGACUCUUCAUGGGAUUGAUGCAGAGAUCUAUAGAGAGGCCACUGGAACUGCUUCUGUUGAUGAUACAAGCUAUGGUGAUCCCGUACAGAAGGCAGAAGCUAUGGCUUUUCGUCGUGCUUGUGCACGUCUUGGUCUUGGACUUCAUCUCUACCAUGAAGAUAUGUCAUAG